AUGGGUGAUGUCUUGCCUAUCACUUUCAUGAGUGAUAGGCAAAAAGGAAUAAUACAUGCCUUGCAAACUCAGUGGCCUAAUGCAAAGAGUAGAUUUUGUGCAAGACAUGUAUAUGCGAAUUUCAGGAAAACUUUUCCUGGGGUACAUCUUCGAAAUCUGUUUUGGGCUAUUUCUAGAACAUCAAAUAAAGUGGAUUUUCAUGAGGCAUUAAAUAAAAUGAAGGCAGUGGAUGAAAUUGCUUACAAGUGGGUAAUUGACAAUGAGCCAGAUCAAUGGUCUAGAUUUGGCUUUGACACUGAAGCCAAAUCUGACCAUAUGAUAAAUAAUAUGUCUGAAACAUUUAAUAGUUGGCUUGGAGAAUAUCGGGAGCUGUCUAUUCUCAGUUUGUUGGAGUUGUAUCGAAGAAGAAUAAUGAAGAGACUUCAUAGUAGGCUGAAGGCAGGUACUGAAUGGGUCACUCCAUUGCCCCCACUUGUUGUUAAAAAAUUGAACAAAAGUAUUGAGAUAGCUCGAAAUGUCUCUAUUUCAUAUGCUGGACUGCAAGAGUUCGAGCUGUCUGGGAUUCCCUGCCAACAUGCAAUCUGCUCAAUAUUGCACAUGAACUUCCCUAGCAUUGAUAAGUUUGUAGAUGACAGGUUACAAAUUUCAGCAUAUAUGAGAACGUAUGCUGAAAUUAUUCAUCCUAUUCCAGACAAGAGAACCUGGCCAGAGGAUUGUGAAGAUAAGCUGCAACCACCUGUUAGGCAUGGCAAAGCUGGCAGGCCCAAAAAGGCUAGGAGGAAAAACCCCACUGAAGAGAGAAAGAGAAAACCUGUGUCUACACUUAGGUGUAGUCACUGCCAUGAAUUGGGACACAACAAAAGUGUUGAUAUGGGGAGUUUUUGGGUUGACAGUGUUGAUAUGGGGAGUUUCUGGGUUGAUAGUGUUGAUAUGAGGAGUAUUCUUACACAGCUAUUUGGAUUUAUGAAUCAAAAUGGUCUGUUAUUACAUGCAUUCCAGUACACAGCUAUUUGCAUUUUCAGGUUUCCAAUAAGGCCAGUAUUAAGCAAUGUAUUACACAACUCUUUGCAUUUCAUCACUUUCAUAAUCAAAGGCAGUUCCAAGCGAAAAUCUGUAAUUCAAACCCAAAUGAUGCAUUGUUUUCAGGCCAUAGAAGUUGCUGGUUAA